AACGAUUUCUACUUCUCAAGUACCCACUUUAUACUUUGACGUAAUUUUAUACAUUGCCUAAUGGUAUACUACUACAAUAAUUAUAACCGCUACUGGGGUUUAGCCGCCUUGUUGGUUGCUAUAAUAUGCUUGGCGAUGUUCUUCGUGAUCAGAAGGAGGAACAGAAUGCGUGCCAACAUGAAUCAAGACACUGCUUUGCAGCAAUAUCCACCACCUCCACUUGGACCGCCUGGUGGUCAAUAUCAGUAUCCACCACCACCACAAGACUACCAAGAAGGUUAUUACCAGCCUCCUCCUCAACAGCCUGAAAACGGUUACUACCCACCACCAGCCAAUCCUCCUCCUCAGCAGUACAACUCACAGUCACCAGUACCGGCUUAUAAUAAUGCCAAGACUGACAAUAACCCUACAUACGAUCAACCAGCACCGAUGUAUAGCCCACCACCAGGUCAGUCCGCUUAUGACGCAAACGCUGGUCAAAGUUAUGCUAGUCCCAGUCAAGGCACUACUAUGCCAGACCCAGCUCAUUAUCAAAACCAUGAUAACCAGUUCAAGCCAAAUCAUGGUUGAUCUAGGCUGAAAUUUUUUAUAACUUCCCUAUUAAAAAGCCAUUUUCGGUUGUAUUAUACAUGAUGCUUUUCAAUAUAUCUUUGUUCAAUACUAGGAAAUACUGGGU